AUGACAUCUACAGCUCAACCCACUCUUUCAUUUCCUCGCGAGACUUUCGCAAAGCUCUCUCCUCACCCAUACCUUCUUGCACAUCUCCAACCAAGCUCUCCAACCAAUUCAUCAAAACGGGCAAACGGUCGAUCGCCAACCCAAUUUCGCGCUCCACAUAUCAAUACCGGUUCACUCACACAUGCUGAAGGUAGCGCAGUCGUGCGUAUAGGAGACACUGCUGUUGUUUGCGGAGUUCGAGGUGAAAUCCUACUUGCCAGCAAUGUUGGAACGUACCGAGUCGAUAAAUCCACCACCGCUCCCUCGUCGCGACCAGGUUACAAUGAAGCAAAAGAAUUGGAUUUACUAGUUCCAAACAUCGAGCUAGCUACAGGAUGUUCGCCUGCAUUCCUACCUGGUCAACCACCGAGCACAUUGGCACAAAGCUUAAGCACAAGAAUAUAUUCAUUAUUACAUAGCUCGCGCAUGGUAGAUGAUGAGGACUUAAGGAUUUGGUAUCAAUCGCCAGAUCUAAGCGAUCAGGAUAGAAUGGAAGAUGAUGAAGAACCAGAAACGGUCGAACCCGAAGUCAAGGCAUUUUGGACUUUAUAUAUCGACAUUUUGUUCAUUUCGCUCGAUGGAAAUCCACUUGAUGCUGCUUGGGCCGCUGUUGUAUCUGCUUUGAGGAAUGUGAGAUUGCCAAAGGCACAUUGGGACGCCGAUCGGGAGAUGAUACUUUGCGAUGACGAGGUAUCAUUGUCGAAAAAACUAACUUUGAGAGGACUGCCAAUCGCUGUCACAUUCUUAGUAUUCAGGGCAAAAGAGCAAAAGCGCGGAAAGGACAAGAAAUUCUGGAUAUUGGCAGAUCCGGAUACAUUUGAGGAGGGAUUGUGUGACGAGUCAAUCACGAUGAUUGUUGAUUGCAAAGCAGACAAGCCAAAAAUACUGGGGCUGUCAAAAGUUGGUGGAACUACCGUAGGAAAGGAUGAGAUGAAGCAUGUUUUGGAGCUGGCUGAGACAAGAUGGCAUGAGUUAAGUCCGUUGCUCAAUGGAUGA